UCUUAAUCAAAUGUCUCGGGUUGGAGUCCUGAAAAUAGAGAAAUUGCUUAUAGAGGAAUGCUUUUCCUUUACAUGGACCCUACAGACUGAUCCGACUAGUUUAGAUUCGCGCCACAUGAGAUUUUUUUUUUUUUUUAAGGGGGACGCGCUUCCUAUCCUAAACUUUUCAUUUUACUUUUAAUCAUGACGUACUUAUAAUCAUAAAAAUAGAGUAAAUAAUGAAAAACACACAUAACCUAUAACUUUUUCGCGAGUUUCACACCUCGACUAUCAGCUUCUCUCUUUUCCUAACUUGAAACUCGUGAAAAAGUGAUAGUUCACAUGUAUUUUUAACCAUUAUCUCAAAUGUUAUUACAUGUUUGUGUCUGGUACAUCUGAUUUAGGCUGAAAAUCUUUUUUCCUUUCAAGUUCAGCACUUCAAAGCAUGACAAUAUCUUUCAAAUAUCUUAAUAUCCAUUUUUACUAAUUCCAACCUCUGAAUCUAGUCAAACAUUGCUAUAUAUCUUUUGUCUUGUCAAACCCCUUAUUCACUCCUCUCUUUUUCUCUAACUUUUAAUAUUUUAUAAUUAAUUUUAGUGUAACUAAAUGCCUUUAUUGAGCCCUCUUGGCACAAUAUUAUUUCUCUAUUUAAUAAAUCUCCCAGCCAGCAUUAUAUACUCAAUUCUCUCUCUAUCUCUCUGCUUUUUGUCUUGUCUAUUAAAGAUCCAAGAAGAGAAAACUAUGGCAGAUAGUGUAAAAGCAGAUGAUAGUGUAAAAGCAGAUGAUCAACUUGUUGAAUUCAAAGAAGCCAUCAGUUUAUUUGACAAAGAUGGAGAUGGCUGCAUUACAGUAGAAGAAUUGGAAACAGUGAUAAGGUCAUUGGAUCAAAAUCCAAUAGUGGAAGAACUAUGCCAUAUGAUUAGUGAAGUUGAUGCUGAUGAGAAUGGCACCAUGGAAUUCACCGAAUUCCUCAACCUCAUUUCCAAGAAAAUGAAGGAGAAUGAUUCAGAAGAGGAACUUAAAGAAGCUUUUAAGGUGUUUGAUAAAGACCAAAAUGGUUAUAUUUCAGCUAAUGAUUUAAGGCACGUGAUGAUUAACCUUGGGGAAAAACUAACAGAUGAAGAGGCUCAGCAGAUGAUUAGAGAAGCAGAUUUGGAUGGAGAUGGUCAAGUCAACUUUGAUGACUUUGUUAAAAUGAUGACACUUGGAUAGAAAAAAAUUAUUCAUAUUUGUUUCCUUUUACAAAGUAUCGUUUUAUAAUUAUUUGUUUUAUUGUAGUUAUUAACUAUAUGAUCAAUGUUGCAGGUAAGGAAUUAAUUGUAGGAUUAUUCGACUAUUAGACUGAAAAAUUUGUAAUCAAACGAUGCCUUAAUUAGUUUAUUUUUAUUUCCC